AUGGCUCCCAUCACCCAAGCCUCCGACGAUAGCAACCACCAAGCCCUCCUCGACAAGCUCGAUAUCUACGCCGUGCGAAAACCCUGGCGCACCCCCCAUUGGAAGCCGCCGCAGCGUCGAAACAAGAAUGUCAAGCAGAUCAUAGCUGAAGCUUCACGCAAAGAAGCAUCGGUCAUGGCAACCCAGAACAACAGCGGGACAUCGACGCCCCUCCCAGCAUACUCCUCAAUGGCUACCGGCGGUUUGGCGACGCCAGUCAACGGUGCAGAUGGCAAUCUGAGCAUCGCACAAGCAGCACAGAACCUUUCGACGUUGGUUCUCGAGAAGAACCUACGCUCAUCGGGCGCGUCGGGAGGCCCCGCCGUCACGUACACCAACAUCGAGUCGGCACCAUCAUUACAUCCCUCAAGUCAGAAACGCUACUGCGAUAUCACUGGACUGUCUGCGCCAUACACAGAUCCGAAAUCGAGGCUGAGAUAUCACGACAAGGAGGUUUUUGCGGCAAUUCGGACGUUAGGCCAGGCUGCAACGGAGGGCUACCUUGCGGCCAGAGGAGCGCACACGGUACUCAAAUGA